GUAUCUUCUUCCCCAACUCACAACCAGCUUCGAGAAGCCUCUGAAUGAAAGACAGGCCCCAAAUUCUCAGCUCAGUCACGAUACAUUCCACGAUAUGGUCAGGACUGUGUGAUGUACUUCAGGCUACACCAUUUUUGGCUGGUCUUGCAGUAGCUGCUACUGCCCUUGCUGGUAGAUAUGGUAUCCAGGCUUGGCAUGCGUUCAAGACACGACCACCAAAAGCUAGAAUGCGGAAAUUUUAUGAAGGUGGCUUCCAGCCGACAAUGACAAAGAGGGAAGCAGCUCUUAUUCUCGGUGUCAGGGAAAGUGCAGCUGCAGACAAGGUCAAGGAAGCACAUAGAAAGGUGAUGGUUGCGAACCAUCCUGAUGCAGGCGGCAGUCAUUACCUUGCUUCCAAAAUCAACGAAGCCAAAGAUGUGAUGCUCGGGAAGACAAAGGGCAGCGGAUCAGCAUUUUAACGCAUUUGAAAAUACCUCGACUUCAAGUAGCGUGCUAAUCAGUAAAAUAAUCCCCCUUCACUAAGUUGUUUUGCUGGAAUGUGCGAUUUUGAGAAACAUAGGAAUUCCGUUGCACCUGUCUGUGUAGGUUCAAAUUUAUGUUAAAAUUAAUUGUAUUCAAGUUUGUGAUAUUGAAUGCCAUAAAAAGGGGGGAAAAGGAAAGGCCUUUCUCAUUCUUUUAA